AUGGCUUUUCAGAGCAACACAACUUGUUACUAUGGAUUCAUCCUACAAGGUCUCUCCAAUCAGCCGGAACAUGAGCGUCUCUUCCUCCCCAUCUUCUUCUUCUUCUACCUGAUGAUCCUUCUAGGCAAUCUGCUGAUCACUCUCCUUAUCUACUACAAUGCCCGCCUCUACCAGACCCCCAUGUAUUUCUUCCUCAGCCAUCUCUCAUUGGUUGAUGUGGGGCUUUCCUCCUCUACCAUUCCCAAGUUGCUGCAUAACCUACUGACUCAUACCAAAAGCAUAUCCUAUGGUGGGUGCCUGUCUCAAAUGUUCUUCUUCUUGGGCUUUGGAAUCACAGAAAGUUUCCUCCUGUCCUCCAUGGCCUAUGAUCGGUACGUGGCCAUCUGCCACCCAUUUCGUUACGCCAUUCUGAUGAAUCUGAGGAAUUGUCUGCUCUUGGCUUCCGGCUGUUGGCUUUUGGGUUUCCUCAACUCCCUGCUCUACACUGUGCAGAUGUCUCGUCUUUCCUUCUGUGGCUCCCGGGAGAUCCCCCACUAUUUUUGUGACCUCCAUCCUUUAAUCAAGCUCUCCUGCUCUGACACCUCAGCCAUUCAGAUGACCACCCUCACCGAGGGGACGGUGACCAUGGUGGGACCCUUUGCAGUCACCAUCCUCUCUUACUCCCUCAUCUUCUACAAAGUUCUCAGGAUCCCAUCAGCAGCUGGGAAGCGUAAAGCCUUUUCGACCUGCAGUGCCCAUCUCACCUCGGUGGUUCUGCUUUUUGGGACAGUGAUUGCUGUAUAUCUCCAUCCCACCGCCACGUAUUCCAGCCCCAAGGUCCGGGUGAUGUCCGUAGCCUACACAGUUGUGACGCCCAUGCUCAACCCUUUCAUCUACAGCCUGAGGAACUCUGAGAUCCAGCAGGCUCUGAGGAAGUGCCUAGGGGUCAUCUGA